GGGCCACUGGCUGCUUUAAUUGCACUAGCCACGUGAGUUUGUUUCAGUGGAUUCUCCCGGCGCUGCCGCUGCUGUAUUUCUGUUAUAUCUGGCGCUUCUCCAGACUCUGAUCGCUGCCUCCUUCGCCCUGCCUCCUCCUAUUUUUUCCACCCACGGGUAAAGGUGUUUUUUUUACCCAUCCCACUUUAAUCCGUGGGCUGGCCUUAAAUCACAUGCCCUACUCACACAAACACAAGCCCUCCCUUACCCCCCAAAUCACACACACGUGUGGGCAUCCAGCAAUACUUAAAUGUGCUAACCUCUCCUAACACUAACUGCCAGCUCCAUGUAGGUAGGGAACUCGCCUCUCUCCAGUUACCUCCUGUGCCCUAUGACCUUGUUUGCCCUCAUCAGAUCUAAUCAGAUAUCGAUCAGCUAUCAGUUCAGUGCCUGUGCCUGAUCUCCCCUUUCCAUCCCACAGUGAGGCAUUUGAGCAGUUUCUUUUGUGUGAGCCCCUCUUGACUUGCUGGUCAGUGUAUUAAAGGAGAUUCCCUCGCUCUCCUCCUCUUUCCCUUCACUCGCUUUGGCAGUAGCAGCAACAACAGCCGCAGCCGCAGCAGCAGCAGGACGUCCGGUUCGGCGGCUCCUCGUGUGGAUCCCUUAAGGUGCUACAGAUCGCCGGGCUUGGGCACACACACUCACCAUGAGCUCAAGGGAAGGAGCCCGCCAAUCCUCGUCCGCGGAGCAACCUGCAUCCCCCUCACAGUCUCCGAAGAGGGGGCGAGGGAGACCCCGGAAACCGCAAAAAGAGCCAACAGCUGGAGAACCCUCUCCCAAAAGACCUCGGGGUAGACCAAAAGGGAGUAAGAAUAAGAGUCCCUCCAAAUCUGCACAGAAGCCACAGCAAGAGAAAAAGUCUGGUCGGGAACAAACUGCAGAGACAUCCUCACAAGAAUCUGAAGACGACUAGAUAACCACCAAACUGAAUUUCUACCUCAGACAGCAGUUGGGUUUCUUUGGUCCAGAUUCAGAAUCUUCAGUGAAUCUGGGUCUUAGAAAGGAAAAGACACUGCCUUGACCACUUAAUUUCUACUACCACAGUCUUUCCACUUUUGCCUUGGGGACCAGGAAGAAAAAAAAAAAAUCACACUUUUUUCCAAGGACUUUGUUGAUCAUUUUCUUUGUAAUCCCUUCUCUGUCCCAGAUCUAGUGAACAAAAAAAAACUGCUGUAAAACAGGGGAUUCAGAUUAAUGAUGACUUUAUAAAUAAUGUUGUUUCUCCUUAACCUACUAAUAGUUAAUGCUGUUAGGAAAGGGUGUGUGGGUUGAAGAAAUUGGAGUCAUUUUAGUCACUUUCUGCACUGUAUACAGACAAGGAAACCUGCAUUAAAUGGGCAUUGAACUGGGAAAAGCUUGGUGUGCCACACUGUUUAGACCUUAAAUCAAACCACACCAGCCCACGCCAACAAUAAGGGAUAAAUGUGAUUUUAUUGAUUUAGGCUUUGUUUUACAUGCAAGUAAAUAUCCUAAUCUCAUUUUUCUACAUUUGAACAGAAAAAGUGGCCACACUUUUAUAUAGCUUUUCCUAAAAACUGUUGCACCACAAAGUCUUCUGCAAUAUUUUAAUAUAGCCCAAAACAAAAUAUUGAUUGUACCGAAAACAAGUUAUUUGCACAUGUCCUGCAUGUCCAGCAAGAUGAGCAAGCUAUCCAUUACUUUAACUAAAAAAAAAACCCUAUUUCUUUUAAACUGGUAAAUAUAGAGGUCAAGACAAGUCCCUCAUAUGUGCAUUCAUAUUCUUUGGAACUUGAAAUUUGUGAAAUAGAUUUACUGACCAUGUCAUUCUAAUUGUUUUUAAAACUCCACAUCACAUAGGCAAUACUUCUUACAAAUAGUCAUUUUUUGAGAUAGCAUGUUAUAAAUGUUUGCUGAAACUUGAAGGCAAAAUGAGCCCUGUUGAUAAAGUAGGUUUCAUCAUCCAUUUAUAUUUUCAUCAUCCAUUUAUUUUCUCUUAAACAGACAUUUAAAAUAUGAGGUAAUUAACUAAUAUGUGCUGCGACCUUUCCACUGACCUGAACUAUGGUCAUGCAUUAAAUACAGAUGCUGUUCUGUUGGAGACUGCCUCAGCCAAGGCAGAGAAUGAGUGCUCUGUGCACAAUAAAUUGUGUCCUCAGUACUUCUGUGAUUAUUUAAGGAAAGAUAAAUGGAAGAUAAACACAAUUUAUGGAUAAGAUAUAUUUCCUUUCUCAAAGGUUAAGAAGUUGCACGAAAUUGUCUUUCACAAAAAUGACCAGUUCUGAAAAGCAUUUUUUUUUUUUUUUUUUUUUUUAAUGUUUACUUUCAGUUUGUAGGGUGGUUGGAUCAAGUCUCUGCCCUACCUUAUAUUGCAGGAGAAGUCCUUUUGGGCAAUCCUCAUGUUCUCCUGCAUACUUGAUAAAAAAAAGAUAGGAGCAGUUGAAAUUAUUCCAUUGGCUGCAGUACAGUGGAUGAGACAUACUUGAUAAGGCUCUCUUUGUGUAGUUAACUGUUAUAUACAAGUGUUGCUUAAAAGCUUCCACUUCUAGGUUUGUUUCACUUUCCAUUCACACAGGUACAAAAGGCAGUUAAUAUAUGUUAAAUGUCUCUACCCAUGAAUAUUUUGGAGUGCUUAGUGUGGGCAUGUAAAAUGUGUUUCUUUGCAGUGAGUUAUUACACUUUUAUAUUGCCAAAAGUGUUCUGACACCAGUCUGCCCAACACCUCAUUCUAAAACCAAGGGUGUAAUGGUGGUGCUCCCUUUGCUGCUAUAACAGCUUCAACACUUAUGGGAAUACAUUCCACUAGAUGUUGGAACAUUUUUGGUGGGAUUUGCUUUCAUUCAGGCAUAAAGCAUCUGAGGUUGGGCACUGAUAUUAGGGCUCGGGCCUGUAAUUUAGUCGGCUUUUCGUCACAGGGUUUCAGUUAAAGUCGCUCUAAGCAGACCAUUUUUUUCUGUUUCAGCAUGAUAAUGCUGGUUUGCUGAGAUGGGAAGUGUCCUUCUCCAAAAUGACUGCAACGUAAUAGAAAACCAAUUUUAAUGACUACCAGAUUGCCCAGAGGCUAUAUAAACUUGAACAGUAUCUCAAGAGGUAGGCUGGAAACUUAGAACUAUGUAAACUGAAGGGAUGCUUCUUGUCCAAGGGCCUCCAGUUGGACAGCCCUGACAGCAAGUUUUCAAAGACAUAAUUGCAAAGCAAUAUUAACUAAUAUUUGUAUAACUUUUAUCAGCUCUGAAAUGCGGUAUCUAUGUUCUACCUUUUAAAAUGAACGAAUGUGCCCUCAUUUUGGGCCUUAGUUUUAAAAGCAGAUGCUGUCUUCCAAGGUAGCAGCUACCUGGCACAUAGAAUUUGUGUGGCUGCAAGCAGAAUAUGCUUGAAAGAAAAGGGAAUAGACACUCUUCAGUCUGCUGCCAUCAUGUAAAUAAUUUCCGUGUACCUCAACAAUAAGAACUUGAAAUUUGCCUUAAUGUGUAUUUUUAGCAGUUUAAUCAAGUUUGAAUGCCUUGUAUUAGCAACCACACUGUGCCUAUUUUAUUCUGAAGCAGCCACCAAAAAUGUUUUUUUUCUAUAGACUGAGAGAUAAGAGUUCAGUUUUUAAAGAAUUACUGUAAAGAAAAUGAUUUGGGGAUUUAUAUGUAUAGUAUAAUUUUUCAUAUUCUGCAAGUAUACUGAAUCCAUAAAUGUAAUUUCUAAAACACUUAUCACCCAAUUUAUUAUAGGGGCAGGUUUAUCAAGGAAAGAAAUCCAUUCUUUUUAUCUGCAAAAAAAAUUGCAAAAAUAAGUAUAAGUAUGCUUUUCCACAUCAACAAUGGAGCACACUUGCCCACAGAUUAGAAUGGGUUUGGCUUGCUCAAAGCUGGUAAAUGUUUUUUUGCAAAUUGUGAAUUUGUUUUGUAAAUGUUCAACCUGCAAGAAAAAACUUUUUAACUGUAAAAAUAAUUUGAGCUUUGAUAAAUCUGCCCCAUUGUUAUAAGUUGAAAUGCAUUUUUGAAAAUAAUUGAGGUCCCUGACAGCCAGCACUGUAAAAUGUAUGUUAUACAGUUGGCAAGCAGUGAAAAAAGUGCCAUUGGAGUCCUUAAGUAGUAUUUUAUUUUUCAAAGUGGCUUGUUACCAUAGAGUUUUUAUUUUGCACUUUGCUGAGUGAUUGCUUCAUAAUUCAUCAGGAAAAGUCAAGUUAGCUAAAAUGAAUAAGGGACUCCUUGAUUGCUUACCAUCUCCUGGAAUGUCAGUGAGAUAUUUGUAUCUAAACAAAACAAUUGUCUGUACAUGAUACAUUUUGUAUGGUGUGAAGACCGUAAAUGACAGCAAAACCCUUCAUACAGAAAAGUGGUUCCUAUAGAGCCCGUAAGUGCUUUCCUAUUCCAAUGCCACAAAUGGUGAAGCAGAUCUGGAGUCUCAGAAGCACGGGCAUCAACCAACCUUCUGUUAUCCUUCAUGAUGUUUUGCAGUUAAUGACUCCUUGUUUGAAGAGUCUGCUGGUUUCACUUCUUUUAUUACAUUUCUUAAUGGGAAAUGUUGUGCUUUAUAUUUUAAAAAUAAUUUUGUAAAUUCAAUUUGAAAGCAUUGUCCUUAAAAGAAAUGUAUAACUUGUGUCCAUUUGCCAGCCAUGUAAGAGAAAUGCCACAGGUUAGGACUUUCAAUGAAAUCACAGACUACCUCUGAUUUCCAACGGUCUUGUUAUCAAAUGCUGCUAUAUUAAUUACAUUGCAGAAAAUUACAUUAGGACAGAAAAGUGCUCCUACCUGCAACCAUAUUAAGAGUAAAUGGGGGUAUAAAUGAGUAGCAAUUUGGAGCACUUUUGUAACAACUCCAUGGUCUGCUACUGUGUUUACUUUAAUCCCCUACAUAUCUCAAUAUACUUGUGUGGUCUUUUAUUCAGUGCCUGUAUUAUGAACUGUUACCUUCGAUAUAUAUAUAUAUAUAUUUUUGUAUGGAAUUCUUCUAGGUUUUUACGAAUAACCCUAGCAUAGUCAUUGAACAUGUAAUAUUUUAGCACCAACAAUUCAUAUACACAAAAUGGAACUGAUGUCCAUAGUUGUACCUCAUUGUUAAACAUGGGCUAUUACCUUCACAAAAACUGCAAUACCUCUCAACUUCAAAUGCAAUGGAAAAUGCCAUUAGGAAUAGUGUAUAGUAUUUAGGACUGCAAUUUACUUAGAAUCCAAGGAUAAGCAACCUUUGGCACUCCCAACUGUAGUGGAGCUACCACUUAAAGUUUUGCUGGGGCAUGGCAUUCCUCAGUACCAGACGUGCCAAAGAUUACAUAUCCUUGCACUAAUCAGAGUGUUUUGUGGGAAUUAUAUGAAAAAUUUAAAUUGUCCCACGUUUGAGUAGUGCUGCUUGAUAAGUUUCAUCGGUGUCUGCAUAGAACACAGCACAUCACUUAAACAUGGAUCACAAUGCAUCUUCUAAAGAACACCAGAAAAACUUGAAAUUUUGUAGGCGGGAUAAAUGCAAGCUUGGCUUUUGCAUAAUGCAAUCGUAACUAGGCAUGUAAUGUAGAAAACGGAAAUGCUAAUUUCAUGUAUUUUUCACAAAUGUGAUUUAUUUUUAAUUUUUGUGUUCAAGAUUUAUUUUACAUUGUCAAGUAGAGAUUUUUUCCUUUAUCUUUUCCUCUCUCUCUUUAGCCAGUAUUUACACCUUUAACAUUAUAUUAAUAACUGGGCUUGUAGUAGCCCCCAGGAGUGCUUAUGUCUGUGCUGUUUACGUGGUGUGCCAAAUACCGCAUAUGCCCAAUGAUGGAAAUAAAAGUAUGUAUGGCUUCAAAAUACAGUCAAAGCAUUGAAACCUGUAUAGUGUUCAUAAACAGCAAUGGUUUUCUUGGAAUCCUAGGUAGACUGGAUCCAAAACAGCAGUGAUGGGCAACCUACUUACAGCCGUCUGCAGGGCCGCAUGUCUCCCAAUCCCGCGGUGACUCUACAAAAUCUAUGCUUUUUAUUGGCUGGCCAGCUCUUUAGGUUGAGCUAUUCCAGCUAUGUUGCAUAUGCUGGAGGGAAAUGCAGUACUAUGUACAGACACAAAGCCCUGGGGUGCCAACAGCUCUAAUAAACGUAAUCAUGUUUAUUUUCUAUAUGUUUUAGUACAAUCAGACAUUACUACCUCUUAGGGCUUACUAUACCUCAUUUUUUCAGACUGAACAAAAGCAGCUGGUGGCCACAUAGUCAGAAAGAACAUUAUAAAUUUUUAUGCAUAUAGUUUAUUUUUGUGGGAGAUAAAUUUUAUAAAACUGUUCUUUGCUGUUAUUGGCCCCAGCUAGACAUGACUGGACAUUUUCUGUUUUCUGUUCCUUUGCAAAAGGAUUCUGAUUGUGAGACAAAGUAUCAAAAUGCUUAACUGAAGUUUGCUUUAUAUGCUUUAAAAAUCCUUUUCUUUUGAGUGUUGCCUAACUUUGCCUUGCUCCUUUGCCUAGACUUCAUGUCUGUGAUUGUACUUUGAAUUGCUUGCUUGUUGAACAUAUUUUUUAAAUGGAUUAUCACAGUCUGUUUAGCACAAUAAACAUAAUACCCCUUGUUAUA